AUGGUACAAUUUUUUCUCCUUGCCUUUGGCUGGGCUGCCAUCUUGAAUGGCGCUCAAGCGAUUGACAAAGAAGCCAAAAAGAUUCCUGCGAUUUCUAGUCGUUCUUCGCAACGUUACGUGGAUAUGCAGAUGGAGGGAAAUCACUCGACAGCCAAGGACCUUUGCGAUUCUCACAAAAUGCAGAUGCCCCGCAUAGUAUCAAAUGACCAAGCCGUCGAGUUCCUGUUGGCCAUCGACUCGGACAUGGAGGGUUCCUGGUGGAUUGGCGGAGUCACUUUUGAUGGCUGGAAUCAUUGGGUUUGGAUCGACGAUGGUCAGCUGCUGCAAAGCCCUUACGGGCAUGACAACUGGGGCCAGGGAGAGCCAGCACCUACUGGUGGCAACUGUCUCCUGCACCAAAAUCGGUUCUGGUACCGUAGUGAUUGUGCUAAUGUUUUUAAAAUUGCGUGCCAGGUGAAAGAUACUUGUUCCAAGGUUAGUGUUCUCCUUCUGGCCGUUCUGGUGUCAUCGGUGGCAUCUGCCCCGGAAAAAUCAAGCCGAGUCGUCAACCCGUACGUGGACAUGAAGACUUCGCUGAGCUUUUGGGCCGCCUGGCGUUACUGCGAAAGCCAAGGAAUGCAGAUGCCACAGAUCACUUCGGAUGCUGAGUUCAACAACUUCCGGCUGGCGACUUCCGCUGACAUGAACGGAAACUGGUGGACCGGAGGAAUCGAUCUUGGAUCAACGGGAUCGUAUGUGUGGAUCAACAACGUGAAGUCGGUUUCGAGCCCACUCGGUUACACCAACUGGUAUCCGGGAGAGCCCAACAACGCUAAUUCGAUUGAGCACUGCAUCGAGAUGAAGAAUCAGUUCUGGAACGAUGCUGACUGUUCGGUUGUUAAGAAAGUGUCCAAGGUUUGCGUUCUCCUGCUGGCCGUCCUGGUUUCAUCGGUGGCAUCUGCCCCGGAAAAAUCGAGCCGAGUCGUCAACCCGUACGUGGACAUGAAGACUUCGCUGAGCUUUUGGGCCGCCUGGCGUUACUGCGAAAGCCAAGGAAUGCAGAUGCCACAGAUCACUUCGGAUGCUGAGUUCAACAACUUCCGGCUGGCGACUUCCGCUGACAUGAACGGAAACUGGUGGACCGGAGGAAUCGAUCUUGGAUCAACGGGAUCGUAUGUGUGGAUCAACAACGUGAAGUCGGUUUCGAGCCCACUCGGUUACACCAACUGGUAUCCGGGAGAGCCCAACAACGCCAAUUCGAUUGAGCACUGCAUCGAGAUGAAGAGUCAAUUCUGGAAUGAUGCUGACUGUUCGGUUGUUAAGAAAGUUGUGUGUCAACAAAAAACUUCAACAUGUUAA